GUACACAAGAGCUCAAACGAACUAAUUAUAAAUAGCGAAUUUGGACUUUAUAAGCUAUACGUAUCCGUAUAUACAAAUGCAUUACAAAGAAAACAGUAAAAGAAUUUACUUUAACCUAAUUAUGUCGAUAGCAGUCAAUAUAAAACACAAUAACAUUCACUGCCAAUAAAUAUUAAACACAAAUUGAUAGCCUGGAAGAAUUCAAUGACACACUUAUAUUGGGUAUUAAUAAGAUAGUUUUUUCCUUGAACGUGUGUGUUGCAUCGACUAUUUCAAGUAUUCGUCAUCGGGCUUACUUUGCUACUUUCUUCAAUUCCUUUAUAUUUUGUAUGCGAGCCGUUAUAUCGACCUCAGUGAUCUGGGACUGGUUUAGAGAAAUGGUCUCAAAGUUUAUAACGGAGACACACCGUCUUUGACCGUCACUGACGAAGGACUUGCGACUACUUUCUUUUCAAAUAAAACAAUGAGGUGUCUGUUGCUUGCACUAUGCGCGUUGACGGUGAUGGCAUCGGGCGUCGCACAACAAAACCAGUUCCUUCACCGAUACGACAACUUCAAUCCUGAUUCAAUUAUCCAGAACGAAAGGAUUCUGCUUGCGUAUUAUAAAUGUGUCAUGGACAAAGGUCCUUGCACGAAGGACGGCAAGAAUUUCAAGCGUGUCCUCCCAGAAACGCUAUCGACGGCAUGUGGUAGAUGUUCACCUAAUCAAAAAAUCGUAGUCCGUAAGAUGCUACUAGGUAUUAGAGCGAAGAGCGAACCUCGUUUUUUUGAACUCUUAGAUAAAUACGAUCCAACUCGAGUCAACAGAGAAGCACUAUAUAGUUUUCUUAUUACCGGAGAUGGAAAAUCUCACGUCGGUAACAACACUUGUUGUUGUAAACAAUUAAAGAUGAAGAUUUUUAUUUUGCUGCUCUGUGUUUUUGCUGCGGUUAUUGCUGAAGAAAAUUCUGACCUAUCAACUGAAAACAUUGAUCUUACCGAAGUUGUAGGAAAUGAUAAACUAAUAGAAUCUUAUGCUAAUUGCUUGAUUAAUAAGGGACCGUGUACCCCUGAAAUGGAAAAAAUUAAAGGAUUACUACCUGAAGCUAUAGCAACCAAAUGUUCAAAGUGUACGGAAAAACAAAAAGAAGUAGGGAGCCAAUUGAUAAAAGGUGUAAGAGAAAAGCAUCCUGAAAUCUGGAAAAAAUUAACGACUUACUUUGACCCUGAGGAAAAAUACAGGGAAAGCGUUGAGGAAUUUCUUAAAGCUUAAAUAAUCAAAAACGAUUUUCCAUACCUAUAAUAUAUAUCUUUUAUUAUAAUAAAAUUAUAUGAGCAAAGAUUUUUUUAUUUAAAAAUCAUAUAUUUAAAAAAAAUUAUAUAAAGAACAUA